CCAUGCAGCAGUGGUUCUCUCUGAGAGGAAGAGUGCUGGUGUUUGUUUGAGAGAGCGAGCAGGCUUGACCGCUGACUUUUACCUGUUUUAUAUAAUCAGUCAUAAUCCAGACUCAGGAGAAAUUUGUAUCAUUUGUUCCAAAGAGCCGUCAGGAUGAAGGCACGGUCAACCAACCUCCGCGUGAAGCUACCUGCCUUUGUCUUUGUCAUUGAGGUGGUUAUUGUUGCCAUGUAUGCUGCUUUUGUCACCUACGAUGAGCACGCCGAUGCCAGGUUUCAGAACAACCAGACUGACCCAAUGGACAACGCAGUGUACAAGGACUACCCUUUCUUUACGGACAUACAGGUCAUGAUAUUCCUCGGCUUUGGGUGCCUGUUGGCAUUUUUCCGACUGUAUGGCUUUGGAGGGAUGGUUUUUAACUUCCUCACGGCCACUUUUGCCAUCCAGUGGGCCAUCCUGGUGCAGGGGUACUUCCAGUUCAGCCACGAUGGAAAGAUACACCUCGGAGUGAUCAACCUGAUAAAUGCAGAGUUUGCCUGUGCUGUGGUGUUGAUAUCUUUCGGGGCAGUGCUGGGUAAGACCAGUCCGUUGCAGCUGCUGGUCAUGGCUCUGCUGGAAGUGCCAGUGUUUGCAGCCACAGAAUGGGCCGUGCUGAAGUACAUCAAGAUUAACGACGCAGGAGGAUCUAUUCUCAUUCACCUCUUUGCCUGUUAUUUUGGCCUGGGUGUCACCUUUGUUCUGUACAGGCCUCACCUGAACGAAGGCCAUGCCAAGGAGAACACCAGCUAUCAGUCUGACAUCCUGUCUGUGAUGGGGACCUUGUUCCUCUGGGUGUUCUGGCCCUCCUUCAACUCAGCGUUGACCCUGAAAGGAGACGACCAGCACAGAGCCAUCCUCCACACCUUCAUCGGCCUCAGCGCCUCCACUCUCACGGCCUUCGCUCUCUCUACGAUGCUGAACAAAAAUGGUAAGAUCACCAUUGCCGAUAUUCAGAACGUCACGCUGGCUGGAGGUGUGACAGUCGGGGCAACUGUUGAUAUGAUGAUAACGCCUGUAGCUGCAUAUGCUCUGGGUAUGAUGGGCUGCACUGCAUGCAUGUUGGGCUAUAAGUACUUGAGCCCCUUCCUUGCACAGCGCUUCAGGAUCCAGGAUCAAUGUGGAAUACACAACUUGCACGGUCUAACAGGACUCAUAUCCUGUGCUGCAGGGAUAUGCGCUAUACUGGCUGCUAAUGAGGAGGUCUAUGGCCCCAGUUUUUAUGAAAUCUUCACACACAGAGCACCAGUGGAGGGCGACCCCAAACUGCAAGAGCUGCAGAUGUUGAUCCCCGGUUUACGGCCCGGUCUGGGGAGGACUGCCCGGGAACAGGCUCUGUUCCAGGUUGCAGCUGUUUUCUCCACCAUAGGAGUGUCAGCACUGGGAGGCAUCCUCACGGGCUUCAUCUUAAAACUGCCGCUCCUUGCACCGCCAUCGGAUGAUUUCUGCUUCGACGAUAAGCUGUUUUUUGAUGUUCCUCCUGACUACGAUGUGCCACUUAAACUCAGAAACAAAACUAUCACUGAGGAUUCUGCUGCCUAAGUCUUAAAUUAAUCUGUGCAUUAUAGUGACUAUUAAUCAUAUGUUUACAUCCAUUACUUUGUAUAUAAGUUGCACUAGUGAUCAUAGACAAUAAUGGAGACAGUGGCACUGUCUAAUACUGAAGGUGCUAUUCAUUGUCCUACAUGCAAAUAUGAAAUUAAAUUGAGUGUCAUAGCUGUCAAGUCAAGUCACAAGUGACUGAUGAUGACGGAUGACGGCUGGUCACCUGCCUCAUGGCAGAUUUAUCAUGGCCUUUAGUUACCAGAUUUACUAGGUAUCGGUCUCUGAGAGGUCUGGACAUCGGAGCCACUGGGAAUCCCUGUACUCGUCUCCUCACAGAGACCUUGAAGAAGCCUUGGCUUGUGUCUGUAACUUAGUGCCUUAUCUCCUGGUAGUUUACUUCAUACUCUAUUCUCACACAAUCACAUUACCUUGGGACACACUCACCUGCUCCUUACACACACACAUCACCUCUUUUCUAAAUUUGCAUAAAAAAGCAUGCCCGAGAAUGUUUCUUUCUCUUACCCAUCUGAUUGACCUUGAGAAUAAACGUGCACAGAAAAGAACAUUAUACUCAGUUCUCUUUAAUUCAGAAGUCUCGCCAGGUCAAAUUUCCUCUACACUAUCUUUCUAUCUAUGUAUCUGUUUAUCUGUGUAUCUAUCUAUGAAUUAUACGUCAUCCCUCUUUCUAUCCAUCCAUCUCUUAUUAUCACUUAAAGGUACAGUGUGUAGAAUUUUGUGAUAUCUAGUGUUGAAAUUGCAUGAUGCAGCUGAACAC